CGCAGGAUGGUUUCGUCGCCUCGCCUCGGUUGCCGGUCCGUGGCAGGCCCGCCUGGUCGGCCCAAUCACCCCUGCUCUGGAGGACCUCGUCGGGACUGCCAACGACUGCCAGCGACUGUCCAUGGCUGCGUCAGCACUGCUUUGGCUGCAUCGGGGCCGUCUGCGGGUUGGACGGUCGUCGCUGAGGCCAGGCGACAUGACGUGAGAGCAAGGCAGGGCCGGGAUCGAUCCCCUCGGCUGGAGCAAAGUGAUCCGCCAGCGAUAUUUCAGUCGCCUGCAGCCGGCAUCGCUGGAGAGCCUGGUCGACUUUCGAGCCUCGGCACCACUUGGCUUCCACCGCUGCUGCUACUGCCGUCGCUGCCGCGGCACCCACUCACUGAAUGCUGAACAGCGACUUUGUGGUCGAGACAACCGACGCUGGUGUCGGCAAUCGGACAAUGAGCCAGAGCAACUCUGGGAUCGCAACGCAUCCCAGUGCGUGGACGCCGACCAAGACACUCCUCAAGCACCUGGCGGCGAUUCUACUUUCGAUCCUGCUAUGGACGGCCCUGACGGCCGCCCUGCCGUUCACCUACCCCAUCGGCGACAGCCUCGGCAGCGGCGCAUGGCUCACCCUCGUCUGGAUGUAUAUCUUUUCGCGCCUGCCUUCAUUCGCAUGCACGUCACUCCUGUCGACCCUCUUUGCGCACGAGUUGAUGAUCCUUCCGCUCUCAAGAUAUAGCUACGUUCGGGGCUGGGUUCCCGUCUUUGCCCAUUUCGGAUACUGCCUCGGUCUCGACAUAACCCUGCUUCUCGUGGCUGGCUUCCUGAACCCGAUCCGAACGCUUCUCACGGUCGCCUGUCGCCAAGCCCUGGACAUUGUCAUCAUCGGCACCACCUUUGGAAACUGGGGUCCAGCCGCCCUUCGCCACUCCAGAGGGUGGUGGAAACGGGUGUUUCUGUCGAUAUCAGUCAUGGGCUUCACGCAUCUGUUCUGGCUUGGCUCGGUAAGCGCAGAAUCUAUCAGGGCAGGGCAGGGCAGGGCAGGGCCGAACGGAUCGAUAAGGCCGGGAUGAAGCUGUGCGGGAAUCCAUUGCCGACAGUGUCUUCGUGGGGCAGGUGGCCGUCUGAGUGUGCGAUUGGAAGCCCGGUCUGUGC